AUGAACUCCAUAGUUGUGUUCUUACUGGGUGUGGCUUGUGUAGCAGCGGUCCCGGAAAAACCUGUUUCGUCGCCAUCCUAUCAGCGUUAUGUGGAGUUCUUCACCAAGACGCUCCCUAACAGCCCGACUCUGUUGAAAAUAUGGCAAGAACAUCUUAAAAACUACACAGUAGUAGUGGAGGAGUCUAACCGGAGUGACCAGAAGAGGGCGCCACACCGAUACAACAUCCCUAAUUUCCAGUGUCACACAUCAAAUCCCUGGAACGGGCGACCGGCCGUUUCCGUACAUGGCCUUCACCCCGGAGACGUCAAGGUCGUCGCAGCUAUGGGUGAUUCGCUGACUGCGGGAAACGGCAUUGAUGCGGACAAUAUUAUUGGAGAUUUAGUUGAAUACCGUGGACUCUCGUGGAGCAUCGGAGGUGACGGUACUCUGGACAGUGGAAUCUUGACUUUUCCAAACAUACUUAAGAAAUUUGGAAACGGCCUGUUCGGUUAUUCUCUGAACACUGGGGCGAGAAAUUCCGCUGACUCUCGCUUCAACUUCGCCGACCCCGGAGACACUUCACAUGACAUGCCAGGCCAGGCAAGAAUGCUGGUGGACAAGCUGAAAAGCGACGUAAACAUCGACUACCACAACGACUGGAAAGUGAUCACGCUGUUCGUGGGCGGUAACGACAUGUGUGACGCCUGCCACGACAAGGUUAAGUUCAGCGCCGCCUCGUAUGGUGGCAAUAUCCAGAGCGCCCUAGACAUUCUGCACAGGGAGGUUCCCAAGGCGUUUGUCAACGUUGCUCAGAUCUUCGACAUCGCCCCCGUGGCUGCCCUCAGUACCGGCUUCUUCUGUUCAUUUGUCCAUGCUCUGGUGUGCGACUGCGGGAACGACAAGGCCAACGCCGGUUGGUUGAAGCAGCUGUCUCGGGAGUACCAGGCCGAAAUCGACCGAAUCGUCGGCUCGGGACGUUACGACACCAGGGACGACUUCACCGUUGUCGUGCAGCCUUUCUUCCGGAACACAGAGCCGCCGCCAGAAGGUGGAUCGGGAGACAUCGACAUGACCUACUUUUCGCCCGACUGUUUCCAUUUCUCUGGUAAAGGACAUGGAGCUGCCGCUCUCUCUCUGUGGAACAACAUGCUGGAAACUGUUGGACACAAACAAAACGAAUGGCACUUGAAUCAACCGUUCCAUUGUCCAUCAUCAUUUUUUGGACACGAUCAUGAAUUCUUUACGACCAGUAAUAAUUAAGUGACCAUGUAUAAAUGUAACAAUAAAGCCUAACAGAUAAA